UCUUUUCUCUGAACUCUCUGACGUCUCUGGUCCUGCGCGAAGAUACUCCAGUCACCCUCUGUCCAGAUUUAACUGACGUUAAACCAGUGAUAGCCAGGCAGCCUCCAUAGCCGCUUCCUGUUUCCUGUUAAAUCAGUUCCAAAGCCGGACUUGUUCAUUUUUUAUAUCGACUCUCGCAACGUGCUUUUAAAUAAUUCAGUCGAGAAGUUUAAAUCAGAGGUAACUCGCCAAGUGCUGAGAAGAAAAUUAAGUCUAGAAGAAAGCAAGACAACGGAUGCUUGAUUAUCCGAAUCAAAGAUUUAAAUAAUAGUUGAGUUAAUUACGAGCUGAAUGAGCUUGAAAUAAUAGUGAGCAUGAGCGAAUCUUCUCUAGUGGUCUGUGAUAUCAAUACAAGAUUUUCCUCAGUGUCUUUGCUCCAAAAUCAUCUCCGCGGAUUUUAGAUCCGCGAUAUCUGAGCGCACAUACAAUAGUACUCUAUAAAAUAAAUAACUGAUACGGUCCAUAUACAUAUACAUUUAUACAUACAUAUAUAUAUGUAUUUCUGCUAAAUAAAACGCGCAGGACUCUGCAGUGGGUGAUAAACCAGAGCCAAUCACGCGUUCUCGGUGUCCCGCCAUGUCACGAGUGGCAUAAGCAUUCGAAAAAGCUACGAAAUAUAUACGACAUACUAUUACUAUAUUUUUAAAAAUAUUUAGUGUGUAUACAAGGGUGAAAAAUGUUUGCAGUACAGGUCCUAAUGUUCAUGCUGAUGGUUCUCUUGGUAAUAGCCACGCAUUUGUUAUGAACAUGAGGCUACGAUGUGUAGAUAAACACUCAUGGGAUUUGUUUACGUUCUGUGACGUAUAUUUUUAUUCAUAUAUUAUGUAACACAUCCCUUUAUAUAAAUAUAUAUAUUUAUUUUUGUCACUGUGCCGGUGAAUGGAAUUUUAAUGAAGUUGAUGCAGCGUGAGGAUUACAGAUCUUCAGACCGGAAAUGUGCGCAAAUAUUUUACGGGAGUAUUAAUGGCAAUGUGACGUCGGUGUCGUAAUGGUAAUAAUGGAAAUGAAAAUGUUGGAAGCAAGGAAAUUUGAUUGAUGUUAGAAAGUAAUAGUGAGGAACAUUGAUCUUGAGUUGUCAUGUGGGAAAAAGUAAUAAUUGUCUGAGACUAAGUGCAGUAACGAUGGCGGACACAUUCUGACUUGAUUACUACCAUUAUUUUUUUUUAUUAUCAUUAUUUUCCUCGUUUUAUAUCCUCGGGUUCACGGGCUUAUAUAUUUAUAUAUCUCGAGGACUCUUGUGUCAGUUCGAGAUGAGCGUGAUGAGGUCUCUCCGUUAUACAAGUGAGGGAGGGCUGCUGCUGUCGUCGGUGCUAUUGCGGAGGAGAAAAUCGAACUAUCGAGAAUACUCUAGCACCACAACGCAUGGGAAAUGAGUCGGUGGUAGAUCAGAGACACUUGUUGCUUGAACGAGUCGUAAGAGAUCGGGGCAGAAGCCGACGAAGAAGAGGUGUAAGUGGACGAGAACGUGGAAGGAGGAAGAAGAGGAAACGGCCGGGUGGUUGAACUGGAAAAAAUAAUAUUUGUUGUACGAAGAAGAACAAGUUGCGGUGGAGGUGGUGGUGCUCGUCAAAAAGGAACCCGGAGAGGAAGGAAUAGAGAAGCUGGAAAAGUACCGGCAGCAGUUGCAACAGCAGCAACGAUUAGUGAAGCGCUGACACGGAAAAUGAUUGAGGCCAAGUUGUGGGUCGUGCGGUGACAUCCGGUCGCGCGCAUUGUCCAAUCCUGGUUGGACAUGUUCGCGUGAAAAGACAGGAUUUAAAUGUCUACAACUAUAUUAUGUCUACAUAACAGCAACAAAAAUAAAUAAUAAUAAUAAUAAUUAUUAUUUAUAAUUAAAUAAAAUAACAAUAUUACACUCGGUUUUAUAAAUGAGAUGAAAUGAAUGGGUUUUUGGGAGGACUGUAGUGAGGAAGCGGCACUCGAGCAAGCUGCUUCCGUCAGCCGGUGUUCCGCCGGUAAAUUUAAUUAUAAUAAUAAAAUAAACAACCAUAAUAAAAAUAAUAAUAAUAAUAAUAAUAACAGCAGAAAUAAUUUGACGGACCAUCAUCACACGUGGAGGGACGCGGCUACAGUGGCGGCUGCGCCGACGACGAUCGGAAGGCUGGAUUACCUCCGUGGAAUGUCUUCGGGCGCCAAGCGGCUGGUGCAGUCGCUGAGGGGCCAUAACGGUGCUAGUGCCAGCGGACAAUCAUCUGCUCAUCUCGGUAAAAACGAUUGUUUCGCAGUACGCGGUGGCGGUGUUGAUAACUCGGGAGCUGGAAGUACCAGUGCCACGCGACUCUGUUAUUACGACAGCGGUCACGAGCUAGACGAGAUUUCCGUUGUCGGGAGUGCCGCGACCCCAACGACACCCUGUCACUACUCGUCAGUAAAUAAGUACGGGAGCGGACAGACGCUCUACAGUAUCGCGACUACUGUGCCGCCCGCGGCUAUUUCGACCCCCGUUGCUCCAUCAUCCGCGAUAUCUUCCACCGCAAGAGGAGCUGCGACGGCUGCUGGUCAAGCAUCGACCGGCAGUUAUCCGGGUCUGAUCGGCGGCUAUGGAGACGGCGAUAGGCGGAUUGGGAAUGCCCGUGCACCGGACAUCAGACUUAGGGGUGAGGAAGACACCAAGAGUGUCGAGAGUACGGUAUCGAGGUCCAAACAGAGUUUGCUGGACAUGGGAUUCGAUCGGCUGAUGGGUCGGCCGUCUAAUCAACGGUAUUACCACCAACAUCAUCAUUACCAGCAGCAUCAACAGUCAAAAGACCAGCGCGGUCGUCAGCAGGAGCAGCAGAUUUACUCUGUUUCGCAGAGAUACUUUGGCUCGUCUCGCGAUUCUCUGCACGGGGCGUACGUAAAUCGUGGUGCGAGUGAGCUAGACCUGAGUCGUAAGUCAAGAAGAAAGGAUCAGUCUCGGGGUAAGUUAAAAUUUCCAAAUGUCGUGAGUCUGAGCUCGUCGCGGGAUGCGUCCCAUCUGCGCAGUUUGGCCUCCACGAAUCAUCUAAAUGUUAACAGCAGCUGCAACGGCACUGAAACAAGAUACACAGCCCAACAACAGCAGCAGCAGCGAGGAAGCCGGGGGUACCCAGGACAACCUGGCCAGCGAGGUUUUAGAACCGGCGCACCUAAUUGGUCGUUUGUCUUUGAUCCCGCGGGACGAUUAUGUUAUUAUUGGUCGAUGGUGGUAUCCUUGGCUUUCCUCUACAACUUCUGGGUCAUCAUCUAUAGGUUUGCCUUCCAGGAAAUAAACGGUGAAACGCUAGUGGUGUGGUUCUGCCUCGACUACUUUUCAGACCUUCUUUAUCUUGUGGAUAUAGUGUUUCAUUUUCGUACGGGUUAUCUCGAAGACGGGGUGCUGCAAACUGACGCAACUAAAUUAAGAAACCACUACAUGAAUACCACAACAUUUUAUAUUGACUGCCUGUGCCUGCUACCCCUUGACUUUUUGUACUUAUCUAUAGGGUUCAACAGUAUCCUCCGAAGUUUUAGGCUCGUUAAAAUUUACCGAUUCUGGGCGUUUAUGGAUCGCACUGAACGACACACCAAUUAUCCGAAUUUAUUUCGAUCCACAUCCUUGAUUCAUUACUUGCUGGUGAUAUUUCACUGGAACGGGUGCCUCUAUCAUAUUAUUUAUAAGAACAACGGGUUUGGGAGCAAAAACUGGGUGUUCAAUGACUCCGAAGCCGCGGAUGUAGUGAAGCAGUAUCUGCAAAGUUACUACUGGUGCACGCUCGCCUUGACAACUAUCGGCGAUUUGCCGAGACCACGGAGCAAAAGCGAGUAUUUGUUUGUUAUAGUCCAGCUACUGUUUGGUUUGUUGCUUUUUGCAACCGUCCUCGGUCAUGUAGCCAACAUCGUAACAUCUGUCAGUGCAGCACGUAAAGAAUUUCAAGCUAAACUCGACGGGGUAAAGACUUACAUGCGAAUGCGCCGUGUGCCAAAUCACCUGCAAAUCAAAGUGAUCAAGUGGUUUGACUAUUUGUGGCUUACGCAAAAGUGCUCGGAUGAAGAGAAGGCCGUGAGCUGUCUGCCUGAUAAACUAAAAGCGGAAAUAGCUAUAAAUGUUCACCUAGAUACACUGAGAAGAGUUGAAAUAUUCCAAAAUACAGAGGCUGGAUUUCUCUGUGAGUUGGUACUUAGAUUGAGACCGGUGCUCUUUUCACCGGGAGAUUAUAUAUGUCGAAAAGGUGAGGUAGGCAAGGAAAUGUAUAUAGUAAAUCGUGGAAGGCUGCAAGUUGUAGCAGACAACGGGAAGACUGUGCUGGCAACACUAAAAGCCGGCUCGUACUUCGGGGAAAUCAGCAUUCUCAAUAUGGGGACUGCAGGUAAAGAGUGCGGUAAUCGACGAACAGCCAGUGUAAGGUCUGUCGGUUAUUCCGACCUCUUUGUACUGAGCAAAAAAGACAUGUGGGACGUGUUGAAGGAGUAUCCAGCAGCGAGGGUGCGGCUUGAGGCUAUUGCCGUCAAGAGGCUUGAAAAAUACAAGCGAGCUCCGCUCGAGAAAGCGGCGAUGGGAAGGAGUCAAAGCACGCCGGGGUUGGUAGAGUCGGAGGGACGAAUUACUCUGGAAGAUAUGUGGAUAACACCCAGUGAAUUACGUACACCACGUUCGCUAUUUUCACCCAGUCCGAGCCCCAUUACCGCCUCGUCGCUUCACGGUCUACGUGCGGGGGUUGAUGCAGCUGUUGAUACAAACACUAUCGGAACAGCGGCUGCGGCGGAUAGAACACGGGCUGCAGCAGACAGUCCGAUGAGCGCGACCAGCAGCGGCCGCAGCAGUGAAGAUCAAACUGCACGAGUUCCGCACUCGACGAUGACGCAGCCGUCGAUAGGCCGACAAUCGACCCACUCUGGCAUGACUUGCAACAGCAUGACACAGUUGAUGUCCGAGGGUGCGGCGACGCCACUACUGGGUGUUAGCAGUCACGAAGCGUUACUUGCUGAGAUAAAGCGGCUACGAGAACGUUUGAUAUGCUUGGAAACCGAAAAUGCCGCGAUGAGUGACAAAUUAAACCAACAGCAGUGGGCAGUUGAACACAGACUUGCCGAAAUAGAGAUGCAGAUUUGCGGGGCAAGUUCAACCUCAAGUGUCGAGGACACUGAGCGAAAUCGCGAGAGCAUUAUUUAACGAGAAAUCUGGCCGCGUAAAGAACGCGGCGAGACUAAAAUGGACAACAUAAGAAGAUACAUGGAAGGAACAAUUACUGCUCCAACUACACCAUGUGGUCUGUCAAUAGGGAGUCCGAGUCAGCGUUUAUUUGACAGCGAUAGCGACAAUGAAAAUAACACCCACCGUCAACUGGGUACUUGCAAUGGCUACAACUCCCAUCCAGGAAGCAAAUCAAAUUUACUUCUUUGCAUGCAGUGCGACAUGGAGUCACGUAAUUGUUCCUACCGUCCACGUAAAUCGGUCAAUCAGACUGGGAGAUAUCUCGAGGAGGAACGUGCGCUGAGAUGCCAGGAGUGUUACGCCUUACAGCAGAUCCCACCCAGCGACGAUCACUGCGUGCACUGCGAUAUCAUGACUCACGACGAGCAGCCGGAUUUGAUCUGCUUCGGCUGCGAGGACGACGACCGCACGACCGAGGAAGAGGGAAUGGUGCUGUGUUCAAAGUGCGAGGAGCCAAGCACCGAGACCACCGAGAGUCCUGGACAAAAUGGGUCAGGUACCCAGGCCUCCUCUUCGAGCGAAACCGGGAGUGCGUAUCCCGUCGACGCGGUGGUCAAAAUCCACGUUAAUGAUAAAUCUUUUGACGGUGACUCGGAUGACACUAAUGAUGACUCAAGCGCGCCUAUUAAUAACCGGGAAUUCGAACCAGCUGAUAGACUAUCACCUAUUGUUGAACACGUACAAUCGGUUGAUAAUAAUGACGCUAAUGGAGCUGAAGAUGAGUCAAAUAAUACCGGAUUUAAUGGCCAGCACAGUAGAUAUUUAAAUAGUAUGCUAGUGCUUUUUUUGUAAAUACUACAAUAAAUAAUAAUAAUAAUAUUUGUUGUUAUUAUUAUUAUUAUUAUUGAUGUGUAUCACAGUAACUAGCGAGAAAAUCGUUGAGUCUAGUGUGAUAGAUUUAUUUAUAAUUUAAAAUAAAAUUUAACGCUAGAUAUCAAUUAAUUUGAAUGCACUGUAAAUAUAUAUACUGCCAAAUUAAACUGUCUUUGUUUCGCACGACUAAUAAUUAUAUUAUUGAUCAUAAUAAUAAUGAUAUAGAUUAGAAAUAAAUAUAAAUGAUUAUUUAUUGGACGAGUGAGGAUAAAAAUAAAUAAAAAGGAGAUUGAUAGUCGAGUGAAAAUAAAAGAGAGGGUAAGCAGUAGAGUGGAAAUUGCACUAUUAAUUAUUUAAACACGACUACCGGCUCGUGUUCGGGACCAAGAAAUGCCUGAAUUCGCAAAUAAAAAACUUAAAUGUCUACCCCUUUAAAGUGUGACUACGGACUGUGACGGGAUAAUCGAUUAAUUACAAUCGCGAGGAAAGAAAAUUUUAAUUGUACCAUUUAUCUGGUUGAUAAAGAAACAGUAAAAGUCUCCUGAUGAAUAAAUUUAUCUCUCAAUUUUACUACUGUCAUUAAUCUCCAUUUGCCUGUUAAUUGACGAGGGAAUAUGUCCGUUAAUGAGCUGCACUGUUUGUCGGUCGUAGCGUAAUACGUUAACGCUUUGACCUUGAUAAUUAAAAAUAACAAUUAUUAUUAAAUGUAAUUACGAAUAAUUAAUUGAUGAUACUGAGUAAAUACUAAUAAUAAUAAUUAUAAUUAUAAUAAUAAUUGUAAUAAUAAUGAUGUCGUCAAUACGUAAAUAUACGGGAUAAUUAUAAUUUAUUAUUGAUUGAUAAUAAUUUUAUCAAGUGCACCUGUACUUAAUUAUUAAAAUUGAUAAUAAUUAAAAUAUCAUUGCAAUAAAUUUUAUAAAUUAAUAAGCACUGAUAAUUUAUUAAGUGAUUCGUCAAUGAAAUUUCUCACGCCCCCAACAAUUGGCAAGGGUUUUUUUAUUAUGUGAUUAAAUCAUGUGUCGACUGCCUUCACUAUACAACGACGUCAUUAACGAAUAAAAAAAUCAUUUUAAAAAAAAUAAUAAAUAAAAUAAAAAGUGUAGUGAACGUGAUUGUAAAAAAAAUAAUAAAUUUAAAUAAAAAAAUUCCGUAUAGUAAUUCCGCAGCGUAUCGAUUGACGGCGACAAUAUUUUAUCGAUUCGCUAAAAUAAAAAAAAAGUUUAUAAUUAAAAGUAAAUAUUAUACUGCCACUUUAUUUAUGUUUUAUAUAAGACUCCUCUCGUACGAUGCCGAGUGGUUUGUUUGUACAUUGAUACUGAGUACGCAUCGAUAAUUUAAACUUUAACCAGUGAAAAAGGGGAUUUAAAUUGUGCACACCUUUCACACUCGUAAUUAAUCGAAUAUACAUACAAAGUAAAGCACUAAUUCAUUAUGUGUACGACACCAACCACCGAGGAUUUGUUUAUUUUUAAGGGAGAGACUUGAGAUGUAUUGUAAAUUUAAAAGUUUAAAUUUGUAAUUUACAUAAUAAUAGAUUGACGACAAAAAAUAUAGACGAAGUACUAAAAAAAAAAAGUAUAGACGAUAAAAAAAAUGAAUUUGAAUAUUGAAGCGUGAAACAAAUAUUAAAUACGGCAUGCGGCAACAAAACACAAAAAAAAUAAACUAAAAAAUUAAUUACAGUUGGGAGCGUAAGAUUUUGUUCAAUGAAGCACGUACACAUGAACACAGACAUAAAAUUUAACAAUUCAACUCAUCAGCUAUAUUAUUCAUAUUUUAGAUAGAAAACAAUGCGAUUUUAUCAAUACGAAAUUGUAUCAAUGUGAUGUGAAUGCGUCUGUCUAGAUACGAUAGCUUUUAAAACGGGAUUAUCAGAGUUGACGGAUGAAAAAGUAUAAAAACGGACGUAAAAAAAGUUUAGCAAGUUAACGGUCGAGCACACGGAUGAAUACUUGGAGCUAGUGAAUUAAAUGUCUAUACUAAUUUAUUUAAUAAGCAGUAAUGUCCCGAUAAAUAUUAUUAUAUAUUAUACGUAUUUACAAAUAAAAUAAAUUUAAUUCACGCGUCAAACAAUACGAAUUUAUGCGACACCGCAACAAACAAACUCAUCCACUACUUACACACAGUAAGCAAACAUAUUAAUGGUUGACAAUUUUCAUGUUCACUUUCAUUAAAUUUCACCACAUGAUAUCCAUCUAUAUACAUAUAUAUAAAUAUAUAUUUAUUGAUUUUACUACCAAUUUUAUUAACGACGCAUCACAUCACUCGUAUUUAUAUAAAAUUUUAAAAAUAACAAAAAAAAUAAAUAAAAUAGAAUGAAAAUUUGUAUGUAAAUAUAUGAUGCUAACUAGGAUAGACUAAAAAAUUAAUCGGUAAUUUAAAAAUGAUAAUCUUUGUGUAUAAGGUGAAAAUGUCUCGCGUCACAUAUUUAUAAUUAUUGUUAUCAUUGUUCAUUAUUAAUUAUUAUUGUAAUUAUUUUAGACUCAUCUGUAAUAUCAUAAAGCGUAUAUCGAUUAUGUCAUAAACCGUCGAGUGCCCAUCCGUACAGAUUAUUAUUUGACGGUUCGUACUGUACUAUACUAGUGCUAGUGCUAGUGCUAGUAGUGCUAGUACUUGUGACAGCUAAAAUGCAAUAGACAUAAAUGCCAACACCGGUGUUUCAGUCUUCCUACAAAUACUAAUACUACUACAGAAUACACUAAAAAACGCUACUCGAUAAAAUUCGUUUAUGUCAACGCAUAAAAAUAUUUAAAAAAAGAAAAAUAA